UGUUACGGACCGUGAAAAUCCUCGCACCGAAACGAGGUUAUAUUCCGGAGUUCUCUAGAAUUCUCUUGAAUUCUCUUCGUAAGUCUCUUCACAAGACUCUCCGGAAUAAUCUAGAAAGCAUUCCCCAAGUCUCUUAUGGAAUUCCUUAGAAUUCCCUCCUUAAGUCUAAGAGUUUGCUAGAACUCUCUAGACUUGUGUAGAUGUGCAUACUUAGUUCUAUCUUUGUAUAGAAUUGUAUAGAAUAUUCUAGAUGUAGAAUAUGGACCAUUAGAUCAAGUAGAUCUUAGCCGUUCAUUGAGGAGGUGGAGGAGUAUAUAUAACCUCACUCUCUCAUUUGUAAAGUAUCCAAGAGUUGUGUAAUCAAGCUUUCAUAAAGUAAUACAAGCUUUCAUACGUUCUAGCCAUCUUACGAUCUUUACUUCCACUUAAGUGUCUUUAAACACUUCGAGAGAGGCUGACUAGUAACUUGUUCGAGAAAAGUUCACUAGUGCCGCACGGAUCUUUGGUUAGAAAAUCCAAGCCCGUGACAGUUGGUAUCAGAGCUUAGCUAACACUUUAGUUUUGCUCGUUGGAAGAUGGCACAAUCGGGAAGUGAAAUGAUUCACACGGAGGAUCCAGCGACACAAUCGAAGAGGGGGAGGUCCAAGUCGAGGGAUGUUAUGGCGGACAUGAAUUCGAGGCUCGCAAAGGUAGAACUUGCGGUUGCCGAUGGGCAAGAUAGGUUCGAGGAGGCGGACCAACGCAUCGAGGAGCUCGAGAAGGGAACUUGUACCAUCAACACAUGGGACGAGUUCAAGAGGGAGCUUAAGAGGCAAUUCUAUCCAGAGAAUGCCGAGGAGGAGGCGAGAGCAAAGCUAAGGCGUCUCCAACAAAAGGGAAGCAUUCGCGACUAUGUGAAAGAAUUUUCGGAGGUACUUUUGGAGAUCCCCGACUAUCCCGACAAGGAAGCCUUGUUUGCCUUUAAGGAUGGUCUACAAAAUUGGGUCAAGAUGGAGCUUCAACGACAUGGAGUCCAAGAUCUCGCUACCGCUAUUUCUAUUGCCGAGUCGCUUAUCGAGUUCAAAAGGCCGGAAAAACCCAAGUCUAACAAAGACAAGGGAGGCAAUGGAAAGAGUGGGGGAGAUACCCAAGGAAAGCCGAGCUAUCAUAAGUCUAACAAGUUCGAGAGAGGGAAUAGCUCCAAAGAGUACAAGGGCGGAGAUAGGCCGAUGAAAUGCUUCUUUUGCGAUGGACCACACAAAGCAAGAGACUGCCCGAAGAAAGCGAAGCUCUCGGCCUUAGUGGAAGAAGACGAGGAGCGGCAACGAGAGGAGACCAAGAUGGGGUCAUUGCAAAUCCUUAACGCCAUCAAGGCUAAAGUGGAAGUGCCCAAGACCGAGAAGAAGGGUCGUUUGUUCGUGGAGGCCAAAAUCGGUGGACAACUUGUGAAAGCGUUGGUGGAUACCGGGGCGUCGAACAACUUUCUUCAAGUAGAAGAAGCGAAGAAAUUGGGCAUCACCUAUAGCGGAGAGGGAGGAUGGCUUAAGGCGGUCAACUCGGAGCCAAAAUCGAUAUAUGGAGUUGCUCGAGGCGUGAAAGUUUGCCUAGGUGAGUGGUCGGGCCUUAUUGAUUUUUCAGUUGUUCCUAUGGACGAUUAUCCUAUUGUGCUUGGCAUCGAGUUCAUGGAUCACGUCAAAGCCGUGCCGAUUCCUUUCGCCAACACCAUGUGUAUUUUGGAGGAAGGAAAUACGUGCAUGGUUCCUCUAGCGAGAGAAACAAGCCUUAAGGCGAAGCAACUCUCGGCCAUGCAACUCUCCAAGGGAGUGAAGAAGGCCCAACCGACUUUCCUAGCUACGCUUAAGGAAGAAAGAGCGGAACCGCUAGCGAAGGAGCAACCCAUGAAAGUCUUGCGUGUCCUCGAGGAGUUCAAGGACGUGAUGCCCCCGGAGUUGCCGAAGAAACUCCCGCCAAAGAGAGAGGUGGACCAUAAGAUCGAAUUGGUGCAAGGUGCCACCCCGCCUGCGACAGUGCCUUACCGCAUGGCGCCCCCCGAGUUAGAAGAGUUGCGGAGGCAACUUAAGGAGUUGUUGGAUGCGGGAUAUAUCCAACCUUCGAAGGCUCCAUAUGGUGCGCCCGUGCUUUUCCAAAAGAAGCACGAUGGGUCGCUUCGAAUGUGCAUAGACUACCGUGCACUUAACAAGAUCACGGUGAAGAACAAAUACCCCAUCCCAUUGAUUGCCGAUUUAUUUGAUCAACUUGGAGAUGCGAGGUGGUUUUCCAAGCUUGAUUUGAGAUCGGGGUAUUGGCAAGUAAGGAUUGCGGACGGAGAUGCGCCGAAGACCACAUGCGUUACGAGGUAUGGCUCCUACGAGUUUUUGGUUAUGCCUUUUGGACUAACAAACGCUCCCGCCACAUUUUGCACCCUCAUGAAUCGAGUAUUCCAACCGUUCUUGGACAAGUUUGUCGUCGUAUACUUGGACGAUAUUGUUGUCUAUAGCAACACGUUGGAGGAGCAUGUUGACCACUUACGACAAGUUUUCCAAGUGCUAAGGGAAAACGAGUUGUACGUGAAGAAGGAGAAGUGCGACUUCGCGCAAAAGGAGGUCAUGUUCUUGGGGCACAUUGUUGGUGGAGGAAAGCUAAGAAUGGACAAGUCCAAGGUGCAAGCAAUCGAUGAGUGGAAGCCACCAAGGAAGGUUCCGGAGUUGCGUUCUUUCCUUGGCCUCGUCAACUACUACCGAAAGUUCAUAAAGGGUUACUCCGCAAUCGCUUCACCGCUUACCGAUCUUUUAAAGAAGAACAAGGCAUGGAGUUGGGACGAGAAGUGCCAAGGCGCAUUCGAGACGCUAAAGAGAGCG